UAUGGCGGACGACGAGGUUCUCUUCGACGAGGUUUACGAGCUCUGCGAGAUUAUCGGCAAGGGACCAUUCAGCGUUGUUCGGAAAUGUAUUCACCGGCAGACGGGGCAGACGUUCGCCGUAAAAAUCGUCGACGUCGCGAAGUUCACCUCCAGUCCCGGUCUAAGUACAAAUGAUCUGAAGCGAGAGGCAACGAUAUGCCACAUGUUGAAGCAUCCCCACAUUGUAGAGCUGCUCGAAACGUACAGUUCGGAGGGUAUGCUGUAUAUGGUGUUCGAAUAUAUGGAUGGCUCUGAUUUAUGCUUCGAGGUUGUUCGAAGAGCGACUGCUGGGUUCGUGUACAGUGAAGCGGUUGCUAGCCAUUACAUGCGACAGAUCCUGGAGGCGUUACGCUACUGCCACGAGAACGAUAUAAUUCAUCGUGAUCUAAAGCCGCAAUGCGCCCUCCUGGCGGGCAAGGAGAAUUCCGCCCCGGUGAAACUACGCGGGUUCAGCGUCGCCGUGCAACUUCAGUCCUGCCAGGCGAACGGCGUCGAGUGUUACACGACCGAGUAUCGGCAGUGUCUGAGCCCAAAGGGGCAGCUCUACUUGAAGGCCGACAGCGAGGGUCGUGUUGGAUGCCCGCACUUCAUGGCGCCGGAAGUGAUCCAGCGCAAACAGUACGGGAAACCCGGUGACGUCUGGUCAGCCGGUGUGCUGCUUCAUGUGUUACUGACCGGCACGCUACCAUUCGUCGGCUCCCGAGACAGACUGCGUGAGGCGAUUUGUAGGGGGCGAGUACAGAUGGAAACGCCGCUGUGGGACACCAUUAGCGAACCCGCAAAGGACCUCAUACAAAGAAUGCUCACGACAGACGUAAAUCACAGGAUUACCAUUCAGGAAGUCCUCAACCACAAAUGGCUUAGAGAUCGUGACAAGGGCGUGGCCCGGAUACAUUUAGCCGAAACUAUAGACGAGCUUAAGAAAUUCAACGCGAGACGAAAACUGAAGGAGGCCGUGAAGGCGGCCGUGUCGUCGUCGAAAUGGCACGCCGGGUAUACGGAGGUCAAUGGCGACAGUUUUUUCGAAAUAGGGGAUGAUGAAGUCAUGGCCACAGGUGCUGUGGUUGAAAUUUUAGACUCUCUAGACGAUAUCGAAGUACUUCAAGAGAGUGGAAGACUGACACGCAAUGAAAUUCUGAAUGCGGUCGAUGAUUAUCACCUUCGACAGGUUUUAGAGCUUUACGAUAGGAUUUCGACUCGAGUUCCAACUCCAUGUCGAGCGCCUCAAACAGACGCCGUUCAACGUGCACGAGAAGUCGAGGAACUCCUUCGAGAGAUUGAACAUUCAGCAAUACGAAACAUCGACAGAGCCGAUCUUCGGGAGCUCCACGAACUUCUGGUCCAGCCGCAUAUGAGGGCGCUUUUGCAGGCGCACGACGUAGCUGGACACGAAGUUUACGGCGAAGAAGCCACCAGGGUAACGCCGCCGCCCCUUCUUCCCUAUCUAAACGGAGGCGAUGACCUCGAGGGGCAGAACGGUGAUCUGGACCUCGAGAAUGUGACGCGCGUCAGGCUGGUCCAGUUCCAGAAGAAUACCGAUGAGCCAAUGGGAAUCACUCUAAAAAUGAACGAAGACGGCAAAUGCGUGGUAGCACGAAUAAUGCACGGUGGCAUGAUACACCGACAAGCGACACUGCACGUCGGUGACGAAAUCCGAGAAAUUAACGGGAUACCUGUGGCCAAUCAAUCUGUCAAUGCGUUGCAAAAAAUACUCCGCGAAGCACGUGGAUCGGUGACCUUCAAAAUCGUGCCAUCUUACAGGAGCGCGCCGCCACCCUGUGAGAUAUUCGUUCGAGCGCAAUUCGACUACGAUCCGCUGGAGGACGAACUGAUCCCGUGCGCGCAGGCCGGAAUCGCGUUUAAAACCGGGGACAUACUGCAGAUCAUCAGCAAGGACGAUCACUAUUGGUGGCAGGCACAGAAGGACAACGCGGCUGGUUCCGCGGGACUGAUACCUUCGCCUGAACUUCAGGAGCGACGUAUCGCUUACAUGGCGAUGGAGAAGAAUAAACAAGAACAAGUGAAUUGCUCAAUAUUCGGCCGGAAAAAGAAGCAAUACAAGGAUAAGUACCUCGCGAAACACAACGCAGUGUUCGACCAGCUGGAUCUGGUCACCUACGAGGAGGUCGUUAAGCUACCUUAUCCUGCAUUCCAGCGGAAAACACUAGUGUUAUUAGGAGCCCACGGUGUUGGUCGUCGGCACAUAAAAAAUACGAUUAUCGCGAAGCAUCCGGACAAAUAUGCCUAUCCUAUUCCACAUACAACGAGGCCUCCGCGAAACGACGAAGAGAACGGUCGCAAUUAUUAUUUCGUAUCGCACGAGGAAAUGAUGGCCGACAUAGCAGCCAAUGAAUAUCUCGAAUACGGUACACACGAGGACGCCAUGUACGGGACGAAGCUUGAAACAAUUCGGAAGAUUCAUGAAGAAGGAAGGGUGGUUAUAUUGGACGUCGAGCCGCAAGCCUUGAAAGUGUUACGCACGGCGGAGUUCGCGCCUUACGUCGUUUUCAUCGCCGCCCCGGUAUUCCAGAAUAUCACCGACUGUGACGGAAGCCUGGAGAGACUCGCGAAAGUAUCGGACUCGCUGAAGCAAGCGUACGGGCACUUUUUCGAUCUCACCAUCGUGAACAACGACAUCGAGGAGACGAUCGCGCAAUUGGAGGCGGCCAUCGAACGGGUCCACACGACACCUCAAUGGGUGCCUGUGUCGUGGGUCUACUGACAGCGAACCACGCCGAUACGUCAAAUAAACGCGGACUGCAACGGCUCGUCGAAUCUGAAACAAUGAUCGUCGGAUCGCGAAACACCGAACGACCGGUUCCGGUUACGAUCGUUUCACAGCGACCACCACGAUGACGUUCUCUGCACGGAGCAUCAGGGGAUACAGACGGUGCACACGGAUAAGCGCCGCGAUCGUGGCCGACACAAGACAGACAGGAACGUACAUAGACGUCGGACCAAUCGAACGAAGAAACGAACGACGACAGAUACUCGGCGUCGAUCCGUCGACCGAGAUCUAUAAAAUAAGCACCGACUACCGGAACGCCGCGUGAUUUUGGCCGUGUGUUCACGAAGCUUUCUCAUUGCUACCGCAUCGAUACUGCUACUCUUGUUAGUACUAU